AUUAUGCAGCGCUCGUGAACGUUCACAGUCAUUCAAAGAUUGACACCAAUAUUUUCACCUGGUCGUCAAAAAGAAACGGUUGUGUAUCGCGUACAUUUACCCGCACCGUAAAUGUGUGAAUAAAUUAAGAGACUUAAUAAAAAAGUAUUGGUGUCUUGUGCGUGCAGUGAAUUUUAAAACAAGUUUCUCAGGUUUUAUUGACGUUGCCAAAUCGAGACAGUAAUCAAGAUGACCGUGCCUCCGGCUACACAAAUCAUUAAUGUUAUUGGUAGCAAUUCUAAUGACAAAAUACAACCUUCGAAUAUGAAAGUGAUGGUGAAAUGGUGGUCUAAAAAUUUCAAAAUAAUGAUCUCGGAGUUCGUAUCCACAUUUUUACUGCUCUUUUUGGGCUGCAUGACUUGCGUACCAAUAGAUGGACAAACGGUUCAACCAAUGUACGCGCCAAUCGGCUUCGGCAUGGUCGUUUUGUUUAAUAUAACUACGUUUGGACAUAUUUCUGGAGCACACAUGAAUCCAGCCGUAACAUUAUCUGCAAUAUUGUGGGGCACGAUGUCUAUCCCUCUAGGAAUAAUGUACGUUAUUGCCCAGUGUGGAGGAGCUAUUGUCGGUUAUGGAUUAUUGCUCAGCGUGUCACCAAUAGAUUUGCUGCCAGACAGCAUUUGUACGACCGUGCCGCACCCUAACCAUUUGAUGUAUCAGGCGUUGAUUAUUGAAAUUGUAUUGUCUACGGCACUAGGAUUUAUUAACUGCGCCGUUUGGGAUCCAGUAAACAAAGAAAAACAAGAUGCUAUCCCCUUGAAAUUUGGUUUUACUAUAGCGGCUUUGUCACUGGCUGGAGGUCCUUUGACGGGAGCGAGUAUGAAUCCAGCGAGAUCACUAGCGCCCGCUUAUUGGACUGGCAACUGGAAUACACAUUGGGUGUAUUGGGUCGGUCCUAUUCUUGGAGGCGCAUUUGCGCCGAUAUUUUAUAAGUUCAUGUGGUUGGAAGACGAUGAAAAAGCGAAUCGAACACAAAUAUCAAAUGGUCAGAUAUGAUUCUGUCCAUAUAAAGAAUAAUAAUAAAAAUGUUUUAAUAAUA